UUGAGCAAUACAGACCAAUUCAUACAAUCUUACAGGAGCAAGAAGUUUGAAAAUAUCGAGUCUUAAUAUUUUUCGUUUUGUAUGCCACCAGACAAAAGCUUCCCUUUUGACGGCAACCAAAAUAACAAAAAUGGCAUCUAAAGCGUAAGCUUCAUUCAGGAUGGUGGAUCAGCCUCCUCUGUGGGAGCUGAUAGGCACUGGCUUCGUGCGGCACUACUACCACUUAUUUGAAAAUGACAGAGCAAAACUCGCAGAUCUGUAUAUUCAGGAGUCGUUACUAAGCUGGGAGGGGGACAUACUCCGUGGAAAGGAACCAAUUAUGAAGAAACUCCUUAAUUUGGACUUCAAAAAAAUAGAGCAUACAAUUACAGCGCAGGACCACCAGCCCACCCCAGACAACUGCGUCCUGAGUAUGGUUGUCGGACAACUUAAAGCUGACAACGAUCAGAUCAUGGGUUUUCAUCAGAUUUUCCUCCUGAGGGAAAUAAACUCUUCAUGGGUGUGCACCAACGAAAUGUUCAGGCUGGCGCUUCACAACUUUGCUUAACCAGUUCCUCCACUCUGAUGGGCAAGAAUGCUGUAUAAUGAUGAAAGAGAGGGAAGACUUGGGCUUGGAGAAGAUGUUAAAAGCCCAUACUUCUAUUCUAUCUGCUUUGUUUGUCGAACAAGCAUGUGAACACCAGAAUUUGGAUGUCAAACUCAUAGCCCAGUCCUUCCCAUCCUGUAGAAAUACACUUCCAUAUUGUUUUUUUUUUCCUAUCAGGCAAGACAUUUGCGCUACUAUUUGCAGGUCUAGUUCAUUCUACUCACCUCUGAUAAUGUUUCGAUCGGGCAGUUUACAAAUUAAGCUUGGCUUUAUCGCUUCCAUUUUGCAUCUUGCCAUGCUGAGAUGCUACGACGUCUGCUCUAAAUUGCUUCAACAACGUGUAGUAGCUGAGAUUUUUUAAUCUUCCUUCGGCGAGUACUUCAUUACCAUGCCAAGUGCUCAAUUCCCAUGUCACCAAAGACUCACAUCAGACUACAGUAUAUGGUUUGACUUGGUUAUGUUGGACUGCAUUUUUUUUUUCCUAUCCAUCUGUCUUUUAAUUUUCUUCCACAGAAAUAUUUGGCAUUUUACUUGGACAAAAAGCCACAAUUCACAAUAAAACCCGGACUUUUUUUGUAA